UAAAAUAGUAAAAUAUAUAUUUUUUAAAAAGAAAGACCAAUUAGAUAAACAAAUCUUGAAUAGCAUAAGUACUCACACGAUGGUGUCUGCAGGGGUGUUCUUCUCCAGCAUGUCUGGCGCGGCGGGUCGUGUGUGUGUUCGCACAGUGCUGUGGCUGUGGGUGAGUGUGUGUGCGUGCGGCGUGUGCGUGUGGUGUCAGAGGGAGAUCCUGGUAGCCGCUCCACCACAGAGAUCUUGUGAGGCGGGGGGCUGCCGGGCCAACGCUCCCCCACCCAGGACCCAGGAGCGACCCAGACCCACCGAGGUGGUGGAAGUGUCAGACCGGCUGAUCCAGCUCCAGCGCUGCAUGCGCUCCCUGAGUGGCCCUGGUGCCACAGGACAGCCCAGAGGUCAAGGGUCAGACUCCGAGUCCCUGGCGGCCAUCUUGGCCCUCAUGGCAUCAAUCUUGCUGGAGUGUGACCUCCACUGUCACAGCAACCGGCUCCAGGAAGUGGCACACAGACUGGAGGGUGCAGCGGCAGGUCGAGAUGGAGAGAGAGAUCUCUUGGUGUUGCUCAGGAGUAUCACACACAGCACUCAGCCUCCAACAGUACCUCCGUCCUCCAGGCUGCAUCCACAGGACUGUGCUGAGAUCCACCGCUGGGGGAUCAAGGAGAACGGCAUAUACACCAUCCAGCCUGACCCACAGCUACCCGCUAUGGAGGCUGUGUGUGACAUGCAGAGCGAUGGCGGGGGCUGGACGGUGUUUCAGCAGCGUGCGGACGGAUCGGUGCCGUUCAACCGCAGCUGGGCAGAGUACCGGCAGGGCUUUGGCCGCCCUCAGGGGGACCACUGGCUGGGUAACGCCGCGCUCCACGCACUCACGGGCACCGGAAGACACGCACUACGCAUUCACCUACAGGACUGGCACAAACACACACGCCAAGCCACCUACAGCACCUUCAGAGUGGCAUCAGAGGCCCACAGGUACCGGCUCACAGCCAAAGGCUACGCUGGUGACGCUGGCAAUGCCCUGAGUUACAGCAAGCGCUACAACCACGACGGCCGUUCCUUCAGCACCUACGACCGCGACCACGACCGCUACACCGCCGGAAACUGCGCCCGCUACUAUGGUGCAGGCUGGUGGUUCGACGCGUGCCUGGCCGCCAACCUGAACGGGCGCUACUACCACGGGCGCUACAGCGGGCUGACAGACGGCAUCUACUGGGGCACCUGGUACAUCCUCACAGACGCCCGCUCCGGCGAGAGAUACUCUUUCAAGAGCGUUCAGAUGAUGACACGGCCUAGGCCGGCAUAAUGCAGUACAUAUCUAUGCAUGAAAUGAUUAUAUACGGUAUCUGGUAUACAAGUGAAAUUUAAAGUUCCAAUGUGUCAUUUUUUCGUUGUUUAUUUCUGUAAUGUAUGCUGCCUACUUACGUUUACAUUUUUAAUGUC